UUCAACUUUCAGUCCCCGACUGCAGAGACUUCGUGCCUACCCGAGGGUUCAGCACGUAUGUCUGGAGACGGACAGAAACGUUCAUUUUGAGCGUGGUGAAUGUUCUGAGUCGUCGGUACUGAAGCUUGGACAUCUGAACAUGGAUCUCAACAAACGGCUGGCGGUUGUGUUCCUGUUGGUGGCCAUGGUUGGUACCGUUGCCUGCCUGAGUUCCAAGGAAAACCUACAGAAGAUGCUUGUGGACCAUUUCUCGGCCAACCGCAAUCAUCACACCGGGAAAAUCGGGAAACAGUCCGCGCUGCAGUACGUCUAUGACACCUUCAUAGAGCACGAUCUGCAGGUCUUCACCCAUACGUUCGACACCGAUAACCCAAAGGUCAAGGGAAAGAACCUUAUCGGAGUGUGGCCGGGCACGAGGGCGGCGACUAAGAAUGACCGCCCGAUCCUGAUCGCUGCCCACUACGACUCGUACCUGGACACGCCGGGCGUGUGUGCUGACGGAUCCGGCAUGGCCGCCCUACUGGAGGCUAUCCGCGUCAUCACGGCCCGGACAUGCAUACAGUACAACUCCAUCAUCUUCGCCGCCUUCGACUUUGAGGAAAAAGAUACGACGACACAAGGAUCGGCCUGCCGAACCUUCGGCUGCGGUAGCCGUGCGUACGUCAGUGAAGUCCUGGUGAAGUACCUGAAGUUUGUGGGCAUCAGCUCGGCUCAAUUCCAGGGCGCCUUCAUCCUAGACUCCAUCCUGAACUUCAACGACUCCGUGGAGAGCCAGAAACUCCCUCUCGGCGACUUUCAAAACGCACCAGGACUACAGGACGCCUAUAACGCCAUCACCGCACACAACCGCAAAGGGGAUUUCGUGACUCUUGUAGGACGAGACCACGACAGCCCUCUGUACCAAGAGUUUAUGCGAAGCUGGAGUAAUUUGCAACUCCUGCAUUAUAAGGACCAAUUGAUGCGCAUCCCCUUGAAACAAGUGCCACCCGUUGCUACACAGGAACACUACGAGUACUGGCCUGUCUACAGGGAUCUGACUUACGGGGACCACUACAGCUUCUGGCAAUACGACUCUGACCUCAGGGCCAUCCACAUCACUGAUACCGGCCCACUGAGAGGAUACAUGCAGGAGUGUUACCACAAGGCCUGCGACAACACUGACCACCUGAACCAGCAGAACAUGUUGUUCCUGAAGAAGGUGACAGACGCAACGAUCGAUGCCGCCAUGACGCUGGCUGUUUUUCCUGAAACUUGCAAAGAUCCAUGGGAAAAUUCCCCCGAGAUGCUGAAGAGCGGGAUAUACCUUCAAGGGAAGGUGUGGGGCGAUAACAAAAAUCGUCAUGGAUUCACUCUCCACCUGAAGGAGUUCAAACGAAACGGUGCCGUGGUGGCCACGAUCAAGAACGGUACAGUGGAACUGGACCUGGAUGGUCGCUACAACGCCGACAGCAAGAAGCUGAUUCUCCGUAUGGCCCAACCCAGCAACACCGCCGCCCUGCCAGUCAAGUACGACCCCGUGUACCUGAUGAAGUGGACCAUGACGGGCGAGUUAGUUGGGUUCGCAGGAGGCAUUCUGUACUACGGUUUUCUGGCCGGACCGAACAAUGACCCUGAAGAGUUCAGCAUCACCUAUUCUGAAGACCCGUCAGUUGGACCUAACCAGGCAAAUGUAGUCCUAGGUGUGCUGCUGCUGAUAGCUAUAAUCGCCAUCAUUGCAUUCAUUGCGUACAUCGUGUACAUAAGGUAAGUAUCAAUCAUUAUU